AUGGGGAAGAUUAACGCCACCCACAGCAACUACUGCUACGAUAGCAUGCUGAAGCGAUCCGACGAUAAGUAUCUUCGGAGUUGCAGCAGAAUCGAACCGAUCGACGAGCGUCAUCCUUUCUAUCCGAACGAUGUUGUCGGGGAGGACGAUGAUGAUGAUGAUGAUGAUGAUGACGAUGAUGAGAUUGUCGAGUGUGCGAUCGAUGGCCGUCGAUCGAAUGAGCCGCAGCGAGAUCAUCUAGGACGGUGCGCGUAUCCUCGCAGGACACCACAGGAAUGGGAUGCGUGGGAUAAGUUCGCUGAGCUGCGGAACACACCGUCGGAAUCGUCGGAUGACGAGCGGGAACCCGGGUGUCAGGAGAUUCGUGAACGGAUCGACGAGAACCGGCUGGUGUAUCGGGCGGAAGGUAAUGCGAACAUUGUGCUCUCCCUAUCGGACAAUAAGCAUGUGCUAAGGAUGCGCAAAUCUACCGUCGAAUGUCGCGAAGGAAAAGGCGACUCCAACGUGGAUCUCCACCGGUUCGUCAAGUACUCGCACGUCAUCGCAAGUAAGUUCUCGUCGUGUUACGUGCCCGCCCCAAAACUGGCCCAUCUCAACACCUGCAACCUGCAGACGUUCAACGAACGCUUGCGAUGUUUCCGGCCCGCGAUGAGACUUGGCAAAGAAAUCCGUGAACUGGACGGCAUUCUCUAUCCUGACGUGGCGUUCCUGCCAGGAUGGUUGUAUCCUGAGCGAACGCGCGUCCUUAACCAGGACUCUAAAAUCUCUUCCACACCAACCCACUAUCAAACGUACUGCGUCGAAAUCAAACCGAAGCAGGGAUGGUUUACGUACCAAUUCUGUGAUAUCGCUCCCUCCCUCCCACCGGAGCUGACCAACGGCGGGGACCUUCGGAAGUGCCGUUACUGUUUGCAUCAAUAUUUAAAGCUCCAAAAGAAAUCGAUAGCCAAAAUUAGUAAAUACUGUCCUCUGGAUCUGUACUCCGGUAAACCAGUUCGUGUUCUCCAUGCCGUGAAAGGCCUUAUCGGUGCGCCGCAGAAUAAUUUCAAAAUACUGAAAAAUGGCAAGGUCGUGUACGACGACAAGCGCGAGAAGUCGGUGUUCAACCGGAUACUGAAGGAAAUGUUUCCCCGUGAUGGCCGCACAAAAGAGGAACGUAGCACAAUUUUCAUGAAUCUGAUCAAGGAAAUCUUGCUGAAAGACUUUACCACCAAUGACGAACAUUGCGAUCGGAAACUGUUGAACAUAAAGUUGGACCGGAAAAAGAAGGAUAAAAACCAGCUCCACGAGCGCGCUUGCAAUCCCAUCAAUCAACAGUUUCUCCCGGAGAGCUGCGCCUUACGGCAGAUUCUAGACGUUCAAAUGCUGGUGAAGUCGAGCAUUCCGAAGGUCGAUCCGUCGAAACUAGCCACAUCAUCCUCGAACCCGUACGGCUACAUAGACGAAAUGUACGAGAAGUAUUUGAACAGCAGGGAGCACACCAACGCGUACGACGGCCGCAGCAGCAACACCUGGCCGUCGGGACCUUUUGGCACCGAAUACCUGUCCGAGGAGGAGCAAUACCAGCUCGGUGCCACGGCCCUAGACUGUUCGAUUAUGAUCACCUUCCGCCGGCUGGUGGGCGACCGUCUAGAAGAGGACAGCUUGACCAUGGAGGCCCGGAAGCACAUAGUCAUCGUCGAUGGCAUGAAGUUUCUCGUGAACGUUACGAUCACCGAUUUGGAUCCUAAAUCGCUCAAACAUUACUCCAAAUACGUUGAACAACUGGCCGCAUCUGCGGUAGCAUAUCGUAACUUUAUCAGCAAGCUGCGACGCUAG